ACAGCAAGGCGAACAGCAACAAGAGAGGCUGGAGAAGCUGCUGCCAUGGCGUCCGGUUCAUCUAGAGCAAGGGAAGGGGGAGAAAGAAGCACCCACCGCACCGUCCCGCAGCAUCGGCCAGAUCCUGACCGCCUGGGCUGUGACCCCACUGGCUGCGGAGGUGGCACGGCCCGAUCCUGGCCGGAGCGAGGAAGGCUUGGCGAUGCUGAGGCAGUCGGCCACCGAAGCCGGUUCAGGAAAGGAAAUUUCCAGCUGAAACAGCAUUUGGAGCAUUUAGCAGAGAAGCUGAAGCUCUUGGACCUGGAAGGGGGCAGGGAGGAGAAGGAGCAUCUCUGCUCGUGGCACAAGAGGACCAUCGCCUUCAGGGGUGAUGCAAAAGCAUCUGGCUCCAGCCGUGAUGGACCAAGGGCUCGUGGAAGUCCCACUGCAGCCAAUGUAGAGGAAUCUGCCCAGGAGGACAGGGAGCAAAUACACAGUGACCUGGAGAAGCUCAAGAAACAACGGGAAGAGAUUUUGGAAUUGAAAAUAAGUGGAGAGAGGCGAUGUCAGGACUAUUUGACACAGACAGAGGUCGAGAGGCAGAAGAUUGUGUCCGAAUUUCGGCAGCUGCGCCGGUUUCUGAAGGACCAGGAGCUUGUCCUCCUGGCUCGGCUGGGAGAGCUGGACAGAGAGAUGAUGAGGAGGCAGGAGGAAGAGGAGACCAAGACAACAGGGGAGAUUUCACUCCUCGAUGUCCUGAUCUGCGAGAUGCAAAAGCAGCUUGAGCAACCUGCGAGCAGGUUCCUGCAGGAUGCCCGGAGCACUGUGGACAGGGGGAAGAUGGGCAGUGCCCAGAGGAUGACAGAGACCUUCUCGGACCUGGAGCGGAGGCUUCAUGUCAUUUCUCAACAAAACUGUGUCCUCAGAGAGAUGCUGGGGAGAUUUCAAGAUGUUUUGCUAUCUGAACUGGAGAAAGAGCAAGGACCAUCUCUAGGAGGAGAUGGAAAAGCAUUCGUGACUUUGGACCCUGACACAGCCAACGCCUGGCUCGUCCUGUCCCGGGACCGGCGGGCGGUGAGAUGGACGGAUGCAGGGCAGGAUCUGCCCACCACCCCGCAGCGAUUUGAUGCCUCCUGCUGCGUUCUGGGCUGCCAGGGCUUCACCGUGGGGAGACACUGCUGGGAGGUGGAGGUGGCCGGAGGCAGGACCUGGGCGCUGGGGGUGGCCCGACGCUCCGUGCCCAGGAAGGGCUGGCUUGAGUUUCAACAAGAGAAGGGGAUCUGGGCGAUGGGGCGAUGUGGGAAUCAGUACCGCGUCUUCACUUCCCCCAUCACCACCUUCCCCGCCACUGGGGAAACUGGGAGGGUGCGGGUGGCUCUAGACUAUGGAGGGGGGCAAGUGACAUUUUACCUCGCCGAGCGUGAGGCCCCCAUCUUUACGUUCCGCAAAGCUUCAUUUGGUGGGGAGAGCAUCUUCCCUUUCUUCUGGGUGGGGAGAGGCUCCCACCUCCGCCUCUGCCCAUGAGCUUUCCCUGCUCUCACCCAGUCCAGCUUUGGGAUGUGUUUUCUGAUCGUUGUGCACCUUUUUCCUUUUUUUUUUUUUUAUGAUGUUGCAAGAA